AAAGAAUACGAAAUAGUUAAAUUAUAUUGCUUAAGUUGUAUAGUUGAAUAGUAGUAUUGUGCAUUUUUAUUUCACACCAGUUUCAUCCUGGUGAUUCAUUAGUGACUUGAAUUCAUCAUCAAACUAACCAGUGAUACAAGUUAAUCAAAGAUGACCUCUUAUCGUUUUCUGGUGACAGCAAUCGAUUCUUAUGGACAUAUCAAUGCAGCUUUAGGGUUUGCUGAAGGUUUAAAGGCUGCUGGACAUGAAGUUUAUUUUGCUCAUCGUGAAAAACACAGACAUUUAGCGGUUAAAAGAGGAUUUUCGUUCAUUCCGUUUGAUAACCAAUUGGGUGAGACGAAUUUGGAGGGUGCGAUUUUCCAAUGGAUUGAUGCAUUUGCGGAUAAAUUUAGACAAGAGCCGUUGAAACGUUUUAAAGGAAUUUCAUUGGACGAAAAAGAAUCUUUAAUAGUUCAGGCCAAAAUUUUCGCUGAAUUGAACGCUGCCUUGCAAAGGAUAGUUUCUGAUGAAAACAAUAAAUUUGAUGGGAUUGUUUCUGAUACCAUAAUAUCUCCAUAUCCAUUCCUGUACAAACAUUCAAUUCCUUGGUUUCCACUUGCAUCAUUGAAUCCAUUGAUAUUGUACCCAAAAGGACCUCCACCAUUUUCUGGUUACUCAGUUAACAGUGAUCCAUCUAAUUGGGAUGAAUUUAGAGAAGCCUAUCAACGAGCUCAUUCAAGAUUAACUGAAACCACUAAUGAAAAUUUGACUGCUGCUGGUCUUGAUCCUGCUAAAUUUGAUUCAGCGAGAUUUGUAAGUAGUCUUCAGACAAUCGGAUUUUACCAUUACCCAGCUGACUUGGAUUACAUUGAAUGUGAACCAAAAGAUCCUAAUUGGCAUCGUGUUGAUGCCUGGGUUCGUCAACCAGAUUUUGAUACUGAAUUUGUUAUCCCAGAAAAGUUACAAGAUAAACCAGGAAAAGUAAUUUACUUUUCAUUGGGAUCAUUAGGAUCCGCUGAUUUGGUUAUAAUGAAGAAGUUAAUUGCUAUUCUAGCCAAAUCACCACACAAAUUUAUCAUAUCAAAAGGACCACGAGGUGAUGCACUAGAAUUGGCCGACAACAUGUGGGGUGAAAAUUAUGUUAACCAGAUUGCGGUUGUUCGAGGUGUCGAUCUGGUCAUAACUCAUGGAGGAAACAAUACUUUUACGGAGACACUUUAUUACGGAAAGCCAAUGAUUGUCAUUCCCUAUUUUUAUGAUCAAUUUGAUAAUGCACAGCGAGUGGUCGACAAAAAAGUUGGCUUUCGCAUCAAUCCGUACGAACUUGACGAAGAUUAUCUUCUUAGCUGCAUUGAGAAGAUAUUUGAAGACAAAGAAAUGCAAGAUCGAGUCAAAGCCAUUUCACAUAACAUGAGAAAUUCAAACAGCUUUUCUCAAGCUAUCAAAAUGAUUGAAAGACGAAUUGAACAAAGUAAAAGUAAAUCGUAAAAUGCAGUCCAUGGUAAUCCCUUAAGAACCAACACUUUGAGUUUACUUCCAUGGUUGUUACUGAAGUAGAAUUGAUUGCAGUAGAUUGAUGAUUCUUGCUAAUUAAAUAAAAAAUCUCUUAUUCAGUAAUAAAAUCAAAUAAAUUUAGCAA